AUGUCCGACUGCCUCUCUUUAUCGGACUCCAGCGCCUGUUCUGCCUGGAGUAGCGCCUCAGUGUCACUAAACUCAACUCAAUACGCGGACUUCCCAUGGCUUCAAAACGUUUCCAAUAUCACCUCAUUCGACGAGUCCCUUAAAAAUUACGUCCAAAAUACCCUGGUCACCGCCAAAUAUGUCGACCUUUUGGGAUGCGUGGGCUACAACUCCAGUGCAUUAAAUGACUACUAUGCCCAAUACACCACCAGCGUCAUCUGUAGUGGCCUCAUUCAGAGCUCCAAAGAUUCGUGCAACUUGUCUGAUGACGUCUCGGAGCCCCUGUGCGCAGAGAGCUGCGCGCUCUAUGCGACCAGUGAACAGGAGAUUAUGAUCAACAAAAAUCUCUGCACGAGCAUCGACAUGAAAUACAUGGCUCAAAUCCGAUCUGACUUCACGAUCUGCUCCAACCCAUCCGGUUCGCUCACUGGGAGUUGUGUCGAAGGUUCCACCAACGAGCCAAACAACUGUGGUUUUGCUUCCAACACUGUGGGCCUCUGCACCUACUGCUCAUCCAGCUCUCCCAACUCGACCGAUACAUGCUGCUCGAGCUCUAACGCGACCACUCGCUGCGAGGGUGUCAGCAUCCCUGCCUCCACUGCAACUCUUCAGCCGAUCGUGACAACCACCGUGGCUGCCAGCGCCGGCGCCAGUCAUAAGGGCUUGUCAGGGGGUGCGAUUGCAGGAAUUGUAAUUGGAUCUGUGGUAGGCGCUGCAAUUUUGGCUGCUCUGGCCGCUUUGCUAUUCUUGUGCGGUCGCCGACGUCGCCAGACCCAGAACGACGGGGGAUUGAACCAACCAAACCCGCAGCGCAAAGGCGUCUCUCCACCUAUGCAACAGAUGGAUAGCCCGUUGACUCCCACAAACAACGUCACUAUGGUUCCCGGUGGUCGCGUUGCUCGGAUGUCUGCCUUGCGUGAGAUGCCCAGCACGUCUUCCCCAGCCUACUCGCGAACUUCGGGUGCCAUGUUUGGCGGUGCAAAGUAUGCCAGUGAUUCCUCUGACUCAGAAGCCCUGGGUGCCAGCCCUGGAGCCAUGUCCAGGAGGAUACCUCCAGUGACCGGAAAGCGUCAUGGGUCGCUAUCGAGUAGCUCUGCUCUGGCUGGACUGGACAGUGAUAGCUCACCCCUCUCGGGCACCGCGAAUCAAUAUUCUUCCCCUGAAGGCUUCACAAGUGGUCAGUCGGAGCAGAUGUCAUACUUCCGCGACUAUUAUUCCCAAGAUGAUAUUCAUCCCGGCGACAAGGUUGCUGCGCUCUGGGCCUAUUCUCCCCGAGCGGGCGAUGAGUUCGAGCUUGAUCGUGGUGACAUGUUGAAAGUCAUCGGGAUCUGGGAUGACGGCUGGGCUACUGGUGUCCGUCUUAAUGAGCGGGCUGAGGACUAUGACAUUUGCCAUCGCGAGCAGCGUGAUAGCGGUGUCUCCAAUGGCUCGCGCCGACCCGUCUCCUCUCCUGCGACUUCUGGCGAAAUCAAGGCAUUCCCACUGGUCUGCAUCUGUUUGCCCCAACAUUGGCGGAAAAUUAUCGACGGGGGAAUGCAGGAGGAAGACGAAAUCUGA